UUCAAUCUUCCUUUGGGGUGGCAGACAUGACCAAUGGCAGAAAAGCUCCACUGAUACACUGAGAGUAGUGCAUGCAUGGUUUCGUAGCACUGUUCAUGAGCCGUGAGGGUUACUUAGGGGAAGAAAAACCUUUUUUUUGUUUGCGAAGCUCGAAGUUUUUUUUGUUUUAUUUCUUCUUCUCUCUUCUCACCAAAAAAGAGGUUUUGUUCUCUGGUUCGGAGCUCCUCAAACGAGGGGGUAAACUGGAGUCUUAGCUGGGAAAAGCCUUUAACCCAGUUUUAAGUCAAGUUUUCUGCUGUAUAUAAAGAAAGAGUGAGUUAAUUGAAAGGCCAUGAAGCUUCUUGUUGCAUAAAGGCCUUCCAAAGUUGAGCAAGGAGCCACUUCACUCGCCGUUACCCUCCUCUCCUGAGCAUCAUGCAGUCUACGUCUCUAAGCUGGACAUGGAAGGCCAUUGUGAUGGCUUCUGUCACUCUAUUCCAAAUGUGCUCCUCAAGGGACUUGCAGUCCAAUUUCGCCCUUCGAGACAAGAUCAUCAAGCUGCCUGGCCAGCCUCAGGUUGGCUUCCAACAGUUCUCAGGCUACAUCACAGUGGAUGAGCUGAGGCAGAGGGCUCUUUUUUACUACUUUGCUGAAGCAGAGGUGGAUCCAUCCACAAAGCCCCUGGUUGUCUGGUUGAAUGGAGGACCUGGUUGCUCCUCUGUUGGGGUCGGGGCAUUCUCAGAGAAUGGACCUUUCAGACCAAAAGGUGAAAUGCUGGUGAGAAAUGAGUAUAGCUGGAACAAAGAGGCCAACAUGUUGUAUCUGGAGACCCCAGCAGGAGUUGGUUUCUCCUACUCAAGAGAUUCUUCCUUUUAUGAGGGUGUGAAUGAUAAGAUGACAGCUAGGGACAAUUUGGUUUUCCUUCGGCGCUGGUUCACAAGGUUCCCAGAGUACAAGAGUAGAGAUUUAUACAUAGCUGGAGAAAGCUAUGCAGGCCAUUAUGUUCCACAGCUAGCUAAACUCAUGGUUGAUUUGAAUACCAAGGAUAAGAUCUUCAACCUAAAAGGAAUUGCCUUGGGCAAUCCGGUUCUUGAGUUCUCAACUGACUUCAAUUCAAGAGCGGAGUUCUUUUGGUCCCAUGGCUUGAUAUCAGAUUCCACAUACAGAAUAUUCACUUCUGCUUGUAACUACUCACGCUAUGUUGGUGAGUAUUACAGAGGUUCUCUUAGCCCGGUUUGUCAAAGAGUGAUGAGCCAAGUCACAAGAGAAACUAGCAGAUUUGUCGACAAAUAUGACGUUACUCUUGAUGUUUGUAUAUCUUCAGUUUUAUCUCAGUCCACUGUUCUAAGCCCUCAUCAAGUGACAGAGCAUCUUGAUGUUUGCGUGGAAGAUGAAACACUGAGUUAUCUAAACCGCAAGGAUGUGCAAGAUUCCCUCCAUGCACACCUGAAAGGAGUUACUAAAUGGACUGUUUGCAGCAGCGUUCUCGAUUAUGAACUGCUCGACUUGGAAAUACCAACAAUUGAUGUAGUAGGAUCCAUUGUCAAGGCCGGAAUUCCUGUGUUGGUUUACAGUGGCGAUCAGGAUUCCGUUAUUCCAUUGACAGGGAGCCGAACCCUGGUGCAGAGAUUGGCCAAUGAGAUAGGCAUGAAAACAACAGUUCCAUAUAGGGUCUGGUUCGAGGGAGAACAGGUUGGUGGAUGGACUCAAGUUUAUGGCAAUAUAUUGUCAUUUGCUACCAUAAGAGGAGCUUCCCAUGAGGCUCCUUUCUCACAGCCUGAGAGGUCACUUGUGCUGUUCAGAGCAUUUCUGCAAGGAAGACCCCUACCUGAGAGCUUCACUUAAUGCCCAAAGCCUUGGAGCAUGAAGUAUGUGUAAGUAGAGGAUGAAGCAGGGUGUUUUAGUUGAUGUGUAGUUUAGCAAUGUUGUGUGGUUACGUUGUCUCAUGGAGGAUGCUCAGUAAACAGUGUACUUCCAAAUGACUUCAAAUUUUGUCUCCUUUGUUUCA